CACAGAAACACUUUCAACAUGACACUGACAGUGCAUGCUUUGCUGGCUUUCAACCUCGGCAUCCUCCUAACAGUCCAAGUGGUGGAGAGUCAGUAUGUUCCAAAGACCUGUCAGUGUCCACAGGCUAAAAUAAGAAUCAAGGGACCAUUUUCAGAUUUCAAAGUCACUCCAAAAGGACCUAACUGUUUACAGGAUGAGAUCAUAGUUAUACGGCAGAAAAAUAAUAAUCACGUGUGUCUUAGUCCGGAAGGUCGCCAAGGCAAAAGACUGCUGAAAUGUUGGCAAAGCACACAAAAGGAUGGCAAGGACAGCAAAAAAUGCAUACACCAACAAGAUCAAAAGCCAAGGCGAAGAAACAGGAAGCAUGUUAAAUCCAGGAAGGUCACGUCUUAACCUCAAAUACUAAAGAUACUGAGGCAAAGAACGUAAGAGAUCCACAGGAGAGAAUGCUCUUCAAAGCCUGUGCA